CACGCUGUAGGUGAACCUUGCGCAGGUGUCAGGUUUCAUGUGGAACGUCAGCCAAUGAGACGUUCACAUCACGGUCCUGUCAAACGCUAAGACAGCCAGGAAGCUCUCAUUCUGCCAGGAAGGUUGACAAAGGAGCUCAUAUAUGAGAGAAUAGAGAGAGUCUUAAGCGCGUGUGAACUAUACUCAGCAGUGGGCUCAAAUCUGAAUAAGAAGAUGCUGCGUUUAUUGAUUGUGGUUUUGAUUCUUCAAGGUGUAGUUGCAGCAUCAGACGACACAGAAGGAAAUGCUUCAGGAUAUCCCAGUGAUGAUGAGGACGAGGUUGUAACCAUAAAUACAAGACCUGUUCAAUUUGAACCACCUCAACCAGCUCCUGGGUCGGAUAAAUCUAAAGGAGACAAUGAAUCUGGAGAUGGAAUUCUGAUAAUCAUCAUCGCUGCUGUUAGCGUCGCUGUUCUGGCCAUUGGCAGUAUUGCAGCUAUUUUCCUUCUCAGACGCCACUUGCAAAGCCGAGAACAAGGGGUUUAUUCUGUGCCAGCGGAACAAGGACACAAAGCUGCUGUCUAACCAUCAGGGCCUUUUCACAUCUCCUCUCCACUGGAUCCUUCAGGGACGUGCUGAACGCAUGCAAUUUCUCAUCCAAACAUCUCUCUCUUUAUAUAUAUAUAUAGCCAAUUCUAUAAUGACAGAUGAGAAUGUGUCGCUCUCGUGAAUUCUCAAAGAAUAGUUUUUAAAUGCACAAAGUGCGCCAUUAAUGCACACAUGUCAGAUGUCGCACUCACAAAGUCCUUGAACUGUGCUCUUAUUCACCUGCAAUGUUUUUCUGUAUUUAAAUCCAGGCUCGAAGGUGAAGUGUGUAAUAUUUUCAGCCUUUUAGACACAAGUAAGCCAUUCAUGGUUGUUUUUUUCCACAUGAAAAGUAUAAACAAACACUGUGGGUCUGCUUAUUUGAUGGAACAACAUCGGCUCAACCAAUGGCAAGAAUCCGGGGUGGGGCUAUCCAUUUAAAUAGCCAGUGAUGAAAAAACAAACAGCUGCUUAUUUUUUAUUUUUCCCUUUCCAGUACUCUGAUAUUACCUGUCCACAGUGCUGACAAAAUCUCCCCAGUUAACAGAUAAAACUGGUCUUUGGCUCUCUGAUUAUUUGACAAAAGAGAGAAAGAAGUAGAGAGAGAGAGAGAAAAACAAGUGGAAAAGUGGCUUCUGAACACUUACUUGUUGAGCGGUGAAUUAAUCAGCGGCUUUAAAAGAUGUUGUUUUCUUUUCCCUGUCUUUCGCUUCGGCCAAACUCCUCUACAAGCACUGCAGAUUGUAAAUAGCUGUGGGAUGCUGGGUCGUAGAUUGAUGCUUCAUAUAUACUGCUGGCUUUAAUGGGGAUGGAGAGAAUCUGAUAGAAUGAGGACACUCAUAGAAUAGAACGAAAGCAAGAUUCCACCACAUAUCAAUCAAUGAGUACGUUUACAUGGACACCAAUAACCUGAUUUAAUACAAUAAAGAUAAUGCUCUGAUUAAGAGUCUACCAUGUAAACAGCAAUAUUUUAUUCAUUUAAUCCCAUUAGGAUCAUAGUCAAACUAAAUAGAAAUCGGAUUAAGACAUGUGGAGCAUUAUUGAAGUGCAGAACAGACAUGUAAACAUCUUAAUCAAACUAUUACCAUUUUUUACCAGGUAUUUUUUUUUCUUUCUAUUUGGCGUGCGGUAUCAAAUUCCAUUAAAACACCAGUCCUUACUUCAUACUCGCAUCCAAUACCUCAGUUGUCAUGCAGGGGGCAUAAAUGAAAAGUUGCUGAAGUCCUCAGAUAAAAAUUUAAACACUCGAAUUUACAUGAAACUGGAGAAAACGUGGAUAGCGAUAGCACAGUGACGCAAUGACGUUAAUCCAACUGUGCUACAACAUGUAAAACGAAAACAUUCAAAAAGCAACUUAUAUAAAUACCUUAAUCAUAUCAUUAUCUUAUUCAGAUGAAGGCAAAUAAUUCGAUUACUGAUGUCCAUGUAAACAUAGUCAAUCAAUAAAUCAAUCAAUCAAUCAACCAAUUGACUAAACCACAAACCAAGCAAACAAUCAACCAAACAAUCAAUCAGUCAACAAACCAAUGAACCAACCUACCAA